ACUGCAGCAUGUGCGUCGAGUCUCAGCAGCCGGUUCAAUUCUGUAAUUUUGGUUUCUAAAAGAGGAUUAGAGUACCUACAGCUGUUGUUGGUUCUAAAAAGAUUCAGAUUUGGGGAUGUUACGGCGUCCCAAGCCCACCGACUCCGAGUCGGACCUGCUCCGAGAGCAGGAGAGGUUUUUAGCCUCGGGGGGUCAGUCGGCGGUGAAUGUAGUGAGGAGACCCGAUAAACGGAGAGGGGAGAAAACGGGCGAUGACAGCGAGGAGCCUCAGGAGAACCAGAGAGACGUGGUGACCAUAGCAGGUCUACCUGAUGAGAUACCCAGUCUGACCCCUGCACCCCCCAAGAAGUCCCGUUUCAAAAAGGAACGAGUGCGUUUUGAGAAUGAAGAUCCAGAGGAGCUGCUGGACAGACAUGACACUCACAUCAGUGCUGUCCUCUCCAGGAUUGUUGAGAGAGACACAAGUGCAAUACCAGUGUCAUUCCCAGCUUUUACAAGCACAGCUUUCCCCAAAGUCCUACAUCGGUCUACAGCAGAGAAGCAGGCAGCCGUACCCGGAGGCAAAAAAAGUAUUUUUGCACAUCAGAUAGCAGCACGGAAUCCUAAAUUGGGACGUGGAGAUUCAAAGAAUGAUCCAAAGGUCAGCUCUCCUCAGGCCUUUGGAUCCAGUUAUGUGGUCCCAGGCUUUGUUGAUGGCUCUACACUGGUGUCAGGUCAGGGUCUGGGUCCAGACAGUGCUGUGGAAACUCUUAGGAUCCACCAGGAGAACCAGGCCAGGCUGCAGGGCAUGCCACAGAGUGAAAUUCUGGAGGAACAGCAGAAGUUGUUGGCCCAGUUAGAUCCGAGGCUGGUGGACUUUGUGAGGUCGCGGAAGACUCAGAAGACCUUAUCGGUGCCCUCUACUCUUGAGGGAGAGACAUGCUCUGGCCAGCCUGUCACUGAAACUAAAGCUCCAGAGCCUCAUGGCACAGACCCAAAGCUGCACUCUCAGGAGGUCACAAUGGAUGCGGAUGAAGAGGAUGAGGCUGAAUCUGUCAUUCAGCCUCCAAUCACAGAGAUGGAGCUACCAGUCAAGCCCCAGAAAGAGUGGCUUCGUAUGGACAAGCUGGAGCCUGAGAAACUGGAAUGGACAAGGGAUUUGCCUGCUCCAAGGCAGCGGAGCACUAAAAAGUCUAUGCAGGCUCGUUUUGAUUUUUCUGGUGCUGUUAUCCAUCCCACGGAAGAUUUGCCCACUCAUCUUGGCCUGCACCACCAUGGGGAGGAGCCAGAGUUGGCAGGCUACUCGUUGCAGGAGCUUUUCCUUCUCUCUCGCAGUCAGCUGACCCAGCAGCGGAGCCUGGCCCUUAACACCUUGGCUCAUAUCCUGUCAAAGGCCCAUGUUGGUGAAUACUCCUCUUCUCUUAAAGGCAAUGUGCUGACCUCUCUGCUAGAUGCUGGCCUCCUCUUUCUCCUGCGCUUUGCUCUGGACGACAGUGUGGAAGGCGUGAUGUCAGCAGCUGUGCAUGCUCUCCGAGCGCUGCUGGUGUCCCCCGACGAUGAGGAGUGCCUUGACAACAUGUUCCCUUGGCUGCUAGGGAUGGCAGCCUUUCCCCUACUGCCCUCCGCUCAGGAUGAGGAAGAUGAGGAUGAUGAAGGCCUGGAUGAGUCCAUGAAAGAAACAGCUAAAGAGAAAGAAGGCAGAAAAUCAGAUCAUGAUGUUGCCCGACUGGAUGUUGUCAAGGGAUUGUUGAAGAUGCAGCUUCUGCAAAGGCUGCGGUACAUUCUGGAGGUUGUACGACCUGCGCCUCAUGUUGUUGUCGAUGUUCUAGAGAUUUUGAUUAGAAUAGCUCGUCACUCAACCUCAGCAGCCACACAGAUACUUGAUUGCCCCCGGCUGAUGGAGACUGUGAUGUCAGAGUUCGUACCUUGCUCCUGGACUCCACCCACAUCUCCAGCCCCACUUUCUUUAUAUGGUUUGCCUGUUUCUACGGCUGUGAAGCUCCUCCGAGUUUUGGCGAGCGCUGGGAGGCAUGUCUGUGCCAGAAUACUGAACUCUCUAGGUGGGAGGGAGCGUCUGUCUCGGCUCUUGGCAGCAGAACCUUCAGAGCUGCUGCUGGAGACUGGGGAAGCUGUUCGCUGCAGCACAGAAGCAUUGAGGCUCUGGGCAGUGGCUGCUAGCUAUGGCCAAGCCUGUGACCUCUACACAGACCUUUACUCAGUUCUGGUGAAGGCAUUGCAGGCUGCACACAAACCCAGUGCUCCAUCUGGGCCUCUCCUGGUGUUGGAGCUCCACCGAGUGAAAGCACUGCUGGUCCUGCUCACUCAGGUCACACACACUGCUGGCUGCCACCAAGAGUUACAGAGUGGCUUGCUCAAUUCCCAGGGUACAGAGAGUCUUCCCCCUCCUCCAGUGACAUGGAGUCAUGUGACUGGUUUGCAGGCCACCUUGAUUGGUUUACUGAAAGGCUGUGUGAGAGCGCUGGAUGACCCAGGUCAAAGGACAAGCACCUUGGCCCUGCUGCCAUCCUAUCUGUUCUACAUGGGCGCGUUUUACUCACAGCUCAGUAUGCAAAGUUCUUUCCGACCAGUGCAGUGUCUUCUGGAACUAGAGUCUUUGAGCUCAGAGGUGUUAUUUCCCCUCAUUUCCCAUCAGGCCAUACGCAGCAUGGGAGAGAGCCUCAGGUCUUAUUCUGUAAUCUGUAACCCUGUGUUGAGUGCUCCUGCCCUGGAGGUCAUCCCCAGUCUGCCAGGCUUAGGCUGCUUCAGGCUUAAGACUAACCCCAGCCUUGUUGGACCCGGUUCUCCUCUCCCCCUCUAUACUGCUCUCUUCUACCUACUGGACAUUCUCACCACCAUCCACCGAGGCCUAACCAAGAAAUUCAGCUCUGUCGUUCUUUCUGGCUCUGUACUGGCGUACCUGCAGUCCUGCGUCGGGGCGAUGCCCUCUGUAUCCCAAGCAAGUGCCUGGCUUUUACGCCAUGAGCACCUCCUGCUGUAUCUGCUCCUGAGACUGGCUCACAGACUGGUUCCUGUUGACUCGAACGUGGCCAAACAUGCAUCUCUGUUUCACCAAGUUGCCUUAGCUCUGCUGUCCUGGCUGCUGCCUGGAAGUGAAUAUCUGGCACAUCAACUUUUGUCCACCAUUAUCUUCAAUCAUGAGCUGCUUCCGGAGGGUGGUAGCGGCGGUCCCGAAGCAGCUAUGCUGGCAGAACUGAAGCUUCAGGAGAAGUCCACUCCUCCGUCUGGCCUGGGUCCUCUCCUCCGUGACUCUCUUGCUCACCUGCCCUCUAUCCGGGGCUGCUACCUUACUCUCCUUGCCCACCUAGAGCCCGCUGUGCUGUCCUCUCGAGACCGGCACCUUGGCCGCAACCCAUGGCUUUCUUCCCAGUUCCUCCCUGAACUCUCCGGCCCCUCGCUGCCCUCUGACUGGCCCUUCCUGCCUCUGAUCAGCCUGUAUGAUCGCACAGGAGUGUCUGAGGGUGGUGGGCUACAGGCACACUCUCUCCCAUCUGGCUCUCUGCAAUCAGUCACCCACUGCCUACAGUGGCUACUACUUCUGGAGAGCUGGAGAGAGGAAGCACUAAAGCCAGUGCCUCCUGUGGCAAAGCUAGCCCGCCUUGCAUGUGUCUUCCUCUGUUCCAGUGACCUCUUCCUGGAGAGGCCUGUGCAGGAACUGACCUGGGCGCUAUUCCGUGGGCUGAUACGGCCCGUAAGUCUGCAGGCCCUGAACCUAGGCACACCACCACCUGGACUGGCCUCCUUCCACGACUUGUAUUCAGCCCUGUUGGCCCAGUACGAGGCAGUGUCAUUUGGAGACACGCUGUUCGGCUGCUUUGUGCUGCUGCCGUUGCAGAGGCGCUACAGUGCCGCCAUGAGGCUGGCUGUGUUUGGCGAGCAUGUGGGAAUACUGCGUUCACUUGGUGUCUCACUAGAACAGCUGGCCAUUCCUCUGGAGAAUUUCACCUCACCAACAGAGGAUUCACUGCCUUUGCUGCGUCUCUAUUUUCGUGCCUUGGUCACUGGAGCAUUGAGGAGGAGCUGGUGUCCUGUGCUCUAUGUGGUGGCUGUUGCCCACCUCAGCGCCUUUAUGUUCUCCCAAGAUGAAGCAUCACAGGAGGUGGAGGCUACACGCCGGAGCCUGCUGAGAAAGACAUACUACCUGACAGAUGAGGUCUUAAGGAGCCACUUGCUGCUCUACUGCUUGCCUGAGCAGCACAGUCAGCUCGGCUUCAGCACUUACGAACAGCUGCCACCCAUCCGCGCCCGCAGGCUUCACAGCGUAGUUGGAACCAAGGAAGGCAGCGAUGGAGACAGGUGAACCAGGACAAUCUCAGACAUGCCGAGCUCCUAAUAGUUCUGUAACUGGAGCAGAUUUACAGUCUUCAAGAAGCCAGGACUAGCACAGACUAAAUACAUUUUUGUAAGAAAACUUGGAAUUGUAUGGUCAUUUUUACAUUGCAUAUCUUCAAGAACCUGACUUUUUACUGAUACAUCUGUGAUGGAUCUCUAGCAGAUAGGACGAGAGAUCAGGUAGUCCCUUUUGAACAUUUAGUGCAUAAAGAGAUGGUCCAAAACAAAAGGUGGCACACUAUCAAAUAUUCCACAAUUCACUGACAGUCUUGGACUGGAGAAGAUCUCUGGAAAAAGACAGUGUUUCUGUGGUGAGGCAGGUUUCCCAAAUAGGAGCCAGGAGAUGACAUGAUCUCCACAGAUUCUGCUAAUACCAAAAUUAGUUGGAGAGGCACUGCCAGCAUGCCUUCCCCCUCCCACUACUAUUCAAAACAUGGCUCAUUUACAAAAAAGUGUGCAUUAAAGAUAUGCUUGUUAUUUUGGUGGUGGGGUUGUUUGUUUAUUUGUUUGUUUGUUUUUUAAUAUGUAUGGAAUUCAUUUUAGCCCACAGGCGGAUCGCUGAAGCUUUGGUUGUGUAUUUAUUUUGUUUCACAAAGAUCAGAGCUCUUAGAAGACCUAAGAGUGGAUAUUUACACUGUGAAACUUUCUUGAAACCUUCAUAAAACCAAACUGCACUUCAGUUGAAUAAUGAAAACUGUUCUGUAACUUACUUGAAACUUUGCUGCAAUAGUUGCAAGUGUCUCAACUUGGAACAGGUUUUAUGAAACAGCCAGUCAAAACACCAGUACCACAUCAUGUGAUCUUGUUGAAAGACAUACUUUCAAACUGUUAAUUUCAGUGGACAAGACAAUAAUCCCUCCCUCAUCUUCCUGCUGAUUUGGCUUAUACAUAGAGUAAAUGAAUGUGUUAUGUGCAGAUUUCAUUGAUUGUUUUUGAAUUGCUUGUUGUAUCUGUCAAAUUGCACAGAAAUAAUAUUGCAAGCAACUUGCAACAUGCAACUAGUUGCAUAAAUGUUUCACAAUCCAAUAUAGAACUUUGGUUAUUUACAAAGCUGUUAGAUCUUGAAUUCAAAGCUCUGAGACUUGGACGAGGUAAACAUGCUCCGUAGCUGAUCUUCAGAGGUUUUGAAGAUUACGUGCUUGGGCAGCUUCUUUGUUGUUUCUGAAACUCCUCACUGAGGCUUCAGUGGUAGAUCUGUCUUCUCUGAUAUUUUCCUCGUUUUAUCAUCAGGUAUAGGCUUGGGCGUGCCUACCCCUAAACCAUCAUUCCAUGUGUUUCUAUUUAUCAGAGGCUGAGGAUGAGCAAGCUGUGUGAGUGAUGGCAGAGUUUCCAGCUCUUUUUCCCCUCAUUUGCCCAUACAUUUGGCAUUUGGAUAGUGCUGUGGUUCCUACACGUAAUUUGUUCUUCAGCUUGGUGCCCCUGUAAAUGGGCUGCUUCCCGUCUGCGUUGGCCUGUUUGCAAGAGUUUUUUUUAUUUAUUUAUUUUUUAUUCAGAGUGAAAAAAAAGCGGUGGUCUUGUUUUGCCCCCACAGGAAUGUUGAUGGUACGCUAGCCAGGAAGAGAAGACAAUAAGCCCUCCUGUAAGCAACGCUAAUGCUAGUCACACUGCUCAGCUGACAUCUGUUCUACAUUUGUCUUGCAGGUAGGGGGCACCGAGUUUCCUCUCUAGCAUCUGUGGACCACCGUACUUUUUCAUUUAUCAUCUGAACUCUGUUUGUGACUUUUUUGUUAAGGGUUUAACGGGCCACCAAGUUCUUGAUUCAGUUUGUAAAUCAGUUUUUGGGUCAGCUUGGAGCAAAACCAUUACAAGCCUAAUUGAAGUCAAAUGCUACAUGCUACAAACUGGUGUGAAAUUGAUUUUCCAGACUUGUCUCAAGUAUUUUGGCUUCUGGAGUCAAGAUUAACUAUUGUGCAUGAUAAGACAGGGUGAAAGUCCUCAGAAUUGAUUUAGCCUUUGAUUUUGCCCAAGUUGACAAUGUUCUGGUCAACAGCAACACAGGCUACACUGAAGUGCUCCCAUCUGCUUCUGAGUUUGCCUUAAAGCAAUGAGCAACUGAUGCAGUUGAUGCAGUCAUGUGCCCAAGGCUGUUCAGCACUCUGACUUCAAGUGGCCCAUCAUCUCCACAGUUCUACACAUAGCAUUAUAAUUGCUUAUAUUGAAACUUGCUUAAUGUCAUCUAACUCUAAAUUUAGUUUCUGAAAGAAACUGGCCAUGAGAGCUUGUAAGUUGUCCACACUUUGUCAUUUUCUGCCAAACUAGAUGUGCAGCCCCAAGUUAUUAUUUGGCAGAAUGAUUCUCUGAGAGUUUACACCAGAAAAGAAACAUCCCUGACUAGAGGAGCACCACCACAUUAUUACUAUUUGUUUUCUGCUGUAAACUGUCAGGUCAUCUGUUCAUCCAGAGUUCUGCAUUUGCUCUAAACUUUUUUUUUUUUUUUCCCCUCAUACAAGAGGUUGACGUGGCGCAAACGCCCUUUAUAUGAUGUCCGGGUGACCGGCAAAUUGCUACAAAUUGCACAACCGUUGUUGCUCAUUUCCUUUUACCUCAUCAUAGAUCUGUUGAAGAGAAACACCAAAGUCCUACAAUUCACGCGGACACUUUCUGACAUAGGACAGACGCUCUGGUUCCCCAGCACAGCUUAACUUCAUCAUAUUAAUUCACUCAGCUUUGCGCGCAUCUUGGAUCCAGACCAUUAAACUCACAGCUUCAGUUAGAUGCACAUCCCACUGGGCUACUUCUCACUUUAUGCAAACAAUUUAAGCGGAAGUGCUGUCAAGUCCUAGGAUAAUCAGCAUAUGAUGAAUUCAGGAAACUGAAGGAGGAGGUUUCUACCUUGUACUAGAGCGCAGUACUUUUAUGAAGAUUGAAACUUUUUCCUCUCAGGCAGGCAGACGGCUUGCUGAGCAGUGAAGGUCAUUUAAAGCUGUUAUGGGCCAAGACGGGAAGAAGCCGUGUUGUCAGUGUGGUACCUCAUACCUGUCAUCAAUUGAUCAUGCAAUCCCUGGUUGAAAUAAAUGUGGCCACUAACCACAUUGAAGUUAUGUAAGUAAGACUGUGUCCAACUUUCUCUCUUUUCUUUCUUUAUUUUCCUUUUGUUUUUCCACUCUGAAUGAGCCUUUCUCUGGCAAAUUAAAAACAUGAAAUCUGACUGUAGUGCCAGGAACUGUGGUAAUGUAUUAAUAAUAAACACGAUGAAGAUGAAAA